AUGUCUAAGAAGUCGCAGAUCGUAAAGCAAGGUUUUGUGAGAAAAUACGGAAGAUCACUUGAAUCAUUAAUUACCUCCCCAUGGAAAAAGAUAAAAAUUGAACUAAACAACGAAGGCUACCUCAGCUGGCUCAGAAAAGAUGGUAGCAUGCAUGGGACCAUCUGCUUAGCUGUGAUAUACGAGUACUUUACGUUUGGGUCAAGUUGUCGAGCGAUGCCAUUUAGCCCCACUUUACCUCCGGAUGGAAAGCUCGACAACAUGUUUGCAUUCCCAGAAGAACCAAGCAGAGGGAGCAGAAUUCAUUUCUUUUUAUGCAAUGACCAUCAUGAUUUCAGGAAGUGGAUCUCUACAAUCUAUUCAUAUUUUCCAAUAAAUUCCACCCUGCCAACACCUGCAUCAACAACAUCAGCAACAUUUUCCAAGCAACAGCAACAACAACAACAUGGAAACUUUACGAACCGACAGCAUUUUAUGCCACUUAAUCCUUACGCACCUUCACCAUUUACAUCAUUUCCUGUAACUUUUCAUGGAAAUGGACUGUUGGGUUCUGCUUGCACAGCAGAUUCGACCCCAACGUCUCAGCAACCCCCUCAGCAUCAACAACAGCAGCAGCAACAGAAUUUAUUCAAAUAUCAAGACAAAAAUGAUGAUAUUCUUCAACUAGACAGACAACACUAUUUGCAAUAUAAUUCUUUCCCAUCAAUGCAACUAUCACAGCAGCAGCAACAGCCACGACAGCAGCAGCAGCAGCACAAUUUAUAUCCACAGCAACCACAAUUCUCUUACCAGCAACAUCAAUUUUAUCCUCAACAGCCACAAUUACGACAAACAGGUGAUCUUGUAAGUGGCGAUGGAAAUUUAAGGAUGAAUGGACAGCAAAAGCAGUCUGCGAACGGCAAAGAUAAAUUCAUUAACAAAUUUGGAAAAUUUUCUUCCGGCGUGUUCAGUGGCGCCUUGAUGACAAUAGGAAAUAAGUCUGGUCACGUGUUUGGUGGCGGGAAAUGGGGCGUGACCCGUCCGUGGAAUAGAAGAAAUAGUUGGACGAGUUGCAGUUCGAGUAAUUGGGACUCAUUUAGUAGCGGGUCUUGGGGCAGUUUGUGAGGGUUUAUGUCAUUUAAUUCUUUAAAAGUUUCAAGAAGUUCAGUUGCUGACUUGAUUUUUUUGCAACUGAUUCAUGUUUGUUAGCUCCGUUUUUUAUCAUUGUUUUAUUUCUAUAUUUUUAAUUAUUACUUUUUUGUUGAUAUGAACACUCCAUCUUUUACGAAGCUAGUCAUUUAGUUCAUUACUUUUUUGAAUGUUUCUUAAUUAACACGUAAAUGGAAUUUAGAAACCAGUAUGCUGUUAUAGGAUGUCGUUAUUAGUCAUCAUCUCUUGGUUACCUCUGUUUAGCAUUCCACUAUAUUCACGUUAUUAAUGUUAACAUUUAAAAAUUUUUAAUCUACACGGAUGUUUUUGGUGAAAAUAUAAAUCGGUAAUUUAUC